AUGACUAAACUAAGAGAUAAUUAUGAAAAAGCUCAACAAAAAUUAGAAACAGCUGAUGCCAAUUUAAAAAUAUUUCAUACACGAUCUGAUCGUUUGAUAUUAGCAAAUUUUGAUGAACGUUUACGUGAAUUAGAAGAUAUUCAUUCUAGUGAAGAACAUUCAAUUACAGUUAAACUUCUUUAUCCAUAUUUAUAUGAAGAAAAUCAAGUUUAUAAUAAUAUAUCUCGAUAUUUAUCAUUAAAAAUGCCUGAAAUUGAACAAAGAUUAGAAAAUGAUGAUUUAAUUCCAUUAUUUAGUUAUAAUCUUAUAAAACAUUGUUCAAAAAGAAAAGAUACAUUAAUUGCUUAUCCAAUUGAAAUAUGUAUUCGUCUAUUAGAAAAUAGUUUAAAUGAAGAAAGUCUUUUUCGUAUUGCACCAUGA